GUGUUAGAAGAAAUUAAGAAGCUUAAAUUGAAAAAUUAUGAAAUUUAUUAUAUGGGUCAACAAUUGCAUAAAAUGUAUAAUAAAAUACUUGCAAGUAUUGAAGGAUUGAAACCUCCUGUUGACUAUGAUGGAAACAAAAAAUACCAAACAAUUA